AUGGAGGACAACCUUCCCCUCUGGCGAUACGAAACUGCACUCCCCUCUCAGUCUCAUGGUUCCAAGAAGACGAGGUCACGAAUUCCUCUCGGUAGAGAGGGAGAUGUUUGCUUCGUGAAUAGGAAGCUCGUUUUGUCUCGAACCCUUUCUUUGCCUCGAGAUACGUCAGAGGAAUUUAACGAGUGCGAAUUCUUCGAGAGUUUGUCAACCUCACCUUCCCGGCGCGACGAACCGAUUACCGUCAAUCUGGCAGAUUUCCCUAUUCGAGUCAUGAAGGCCAAAGGUAUCAAACGCGACUACGAGUUCGUCGACAAAGUCCAAGCAGUCUAUGCCUUGGACGAUGAUGCCAUCAGCAUGAUGUCUGAGGAGGACUGGGAGGAAAUCUUUGCAGAGACACGCGUCGUAUCGACUUCGGCGAGGAAGCCGUAUUCGCAUGUCGUCAAAGGAGGCGGCGGGUAA